UAUGAGAGGUUCCUCUGCCAGGGGGAGGCACCUGGAGAAAACCAGAAGGAGGGCAAGAGCCAGAGAAAGAUAAAGCGCCCCAGGGCCUCCCACAGCAGUGCCUGAGCUGGAAUGGGGAGGUGCCAUGACUCACACGGCCCUGCAACAUCACUUUAAGAGGGCUGUCCAGCUGCAAGAUACUGUAAGUGGAAAGUGAAACUACAGAGCUUUGAAAAAGAGCGGGACAGGGACAAGCCUAGCAAAGCGGCUGAGCAUGAAUCCACAGAUCAGAAAUCCCAUGAAGCGGAUAUAUCGACAUGCAUUCGACUACAACUUUGUAAAUGAACCCGUCCUCCCUGGUCGGCCCUACAGCUGGCUGUGCUAUGAAGUGAAGACAAAGAAGGACCCCUCACAACUCCCUCGGGACACAGGGGUCUUUCGAGGCCAGGUCUAUUUGAAGCCUCAACACCACCCAGAGAUGAGAUUCCUCCACUGGUUCCGAAAGUGGAAGCUGCAUAGUGACCAGGAGUACGAGGUCACCUGGUUUGUGUCCUGGAGCCCCUGCCCAGUGUGUGCAAGGAACGUGGCCGAGUUCCUGGCCGAGGACGGGAUGGUCACCCUGACCAUCUUCGUGGCCCGCCUCUACUACUUCUGGGACCCACAUUACUGGAAGGAGCUUCGCAGACUGUGUCAGAGGAGAGACAGUCCGCAUGCCACCAUGAAGAUCAUGAGUUAUGGCGAAUUUCAACACUGUUGGGACAAUUUCGUGGACAACAAAACAGAGACAUUCGUUCCCUGGAAUGAGCUGCCUAAAAAUUACACUUUACUGCGCAUCACGCUGGGGGAGCUUCUCAGACACCUGAUGGAUCCAGGCACUUUCACUUACAACUUUACCAAUGACCCUUCGGUCCUUGGACAGCACCAGACCUACCUGUGUUACGAGGUGGGGCACCUGAACAGUGGCACCUGGGUCCCACUGCACCAGCACAGGGGCUUCAUACUCAACGAGGCUUCAAAUAGCCUCAGUUUCCCUGAAGGCCGCCAUGCAGAGCUGUGCCUCCUGGACCUGAUUUCCUUUUGGAAGCUGGACCCGGCCCAGCACUACAGGGUCACCUGCUUCAUCUCCUGGAGCCCCUGCUUCAGCUGUGCCCUGGAGGUGGCUGAAUUCCUUCAAGAGAACCCACACGUGAACCUGCGCAUCUUCGCUGCCCGCAUCUAUGAUUAUCACCCAGGAUAUGAGGAGGGGCUGUGCAGGCUGGGCUGGGCUGGGGCCCCAAUUUCCGUGAUGAAAUACAGCGGAGGGGCUCUCGCUCACUUGCUGGAAUCUCCAAACCUUCCACUCUGA